CGAAAAACUCGAAAAUCCAUGACUACGACGACGAAAUCGUUUCGCAUCACGGUGGGUCGAGAAAAUCCCGUAACGCAUAUUUUCGUUUCGUCGGUUUUUCAAUCGUGAUUUGGGCGGGUACCGCGUUCGAGCGAUAGAGAUACUUGGCACCGUUUCCGAGCCCGCACGCCAUGUCCAAGUCGUCCAGUUCCAACGACUUGCGCACCGAGCUGGCAGAGCUCGUCAAACGCAAAUCGGACAUUGCCGAAACCUUAGCUAACCUUGAACGUCAAAUUUAUGCAUUUGAAGGAAGUUAUUUAGAGGACACUCAUUUAUAUGGUAAUAUCAUCCGUGGUUGGGACAGAUAUCUUACAUCGGCUAAUAAACUUCCCAAUUCUAAAAAUGAACCUCGUAACAGAAAAUUUAAAGAAGCUGAGCGUCUGUUUUCCAAAUCAUCUAUUACCUCCAUGGCUGCUGUAAGUGGUUUAGUAGAGGCUCAAGAAAAAGCUGAAAUAAACAGUGAAACUGAGUCACAAACAGGAAAUAGUGGUAGCGAAGAUAACAUGACCAAAGAAAGUGGAAAAUCUAAUAGUUUGACAAAUGGUCCAACCACCCCCAGAAAUCCAUUAGCUUCUGCCAAACGAACGUCCAGUACAAAAAAAGUUAAGAAUCGAUGAUCUUCGUUUAACAAACUCAAUAGAGUUUUAAAACAGUUCCAGCGACCGCAGUGAGAACGUAAUGUUAUGUUAACAUUGUUUAACAAACAAAAUUUUUGUAAAUGUGUUAUAAUUACUAUAAUCUAGAGCUUAAUAUCAUUUAUUAUGGUACGAAGAUAAUUUUAACUGUAAAUUAUUGUACAGUAAUGUAAAUCUAAAACGUAACAGCACAUUUUUUAAUGUAACACAUUUAAUAACCAUUUUUAAUUUUACUAUAAAAUUAUAGUUAAUAAAUCAAUUAACAUUAUUUCUAAGACAUUUAUUAAUAAUUAUAAAAUUUUAAAAUUUCUAACAUAAAAAUAAUUAAUAAAUUAUUCAAUAAAUUUAAUUUUUAUUUACUUAUAAACAAAAUCAAAAAUGAAUAUAACAAUACUCAAAUAUUUAAUUACAUUUCAAAUUAACAUUACAACCAACUACAACAACACUACAUUAUCAUCAAUAAUUCAAUUCAAGUCAGUUUAAUAUUGAAUUACUAAUGAAAUACUGUAAAAUACAAAAAAUUAUAUUAUUAUCUUUAAUUAUGUUAAUAACACACAAUAAGAAAUUAACCAUACAAUAUGCAAAGUAAACUAUAAUUUUUAUUUUAGAACAAACUAGUUUUUCAGUCUCACUUUCUCACUUAAUGUGUUUAAUCAGUAGUUGUUUUGCAAUAGAUCAGUUAAACAUAAUAUAACUAAUAGAUAUAAUUUUCGAUUCGUUUAAUAUUAAUUUCUUAUAAGUUUUUGAAUUAUUAUUAUUUUAUUUCUAUCUUUUGAAAUUUUAAGAUAACACAGAUAAAUAUACAGUAGAGUAGUUUCAAUAGUUAAACCACGGUCUUCUAAGAUCGUGGGUUAGACUAAUGUUCAUACACGUUUAUGUACAAAAAAAAAAAUGAUAAUAGACGUACACGUAGAGCAAUGAAUUCAAUUUUGCACCAUUUUCAAUUGGUUCGGGGUUGAAUUGAAAUGAUCAACUGAUGACCACUAUACUUUAACGUCGGCUUAGCAUCAAAAGAACAUAUAAUAUUCAAAACAAGGUGGGUAAGUGUAUUUGGAUAUUGUAAAUGACAAGUUACAAAAAAUAUAUUAGAACAGAUUAAAAUAUUAAAUAAAAUAUAACAUGAUAUAAUUGUAUAAAAAUAAAGUAAUAAUAAUAAUGAUAAUUUACAAAUUAUUACAAUUUGUUUUCAGAUACUUUAAUUAAAUAAAUAAUAUAAUAAACAAUAAUUGUAGUACAUUUUUAUAAUUGUCUCACAAUUUACAAAUAUCACAGUUGACACUAAAUAUGAUUAACUAACUUAACAAUUGUAAUUACAUGAAAAAACAUAUUAUAAUAUUAUCAGCUUAUAACACACUUGAGUCACAAUAUAAUACAUUUUUAAAGUACUGAUAGUUCAACAGACACAAACAUCAAUUUUAAGAUAUGACGACGUAUCCAGAAGUCGAUGCUGCAUUAUUUGUAAAUCCUUGAUGCCAACGGUUUUCUAUAAAGCAAUGAAUAUUGAAUAUUAACAACUAGUCAGCAAAUAAACUAUUUAAUAAUAAAUAAAAAAUAUUCACGUGAUAAUAAUAAAUUCGAUCUUUCCUGAGAUACUAGCCAAUUGAUAAAAUAAAAUAAAACGGGUGUUAAAAGUACAAUUGCCGAAAUGACAAGUAAAAUCCAUUCGGAAUCAUAGUUAGAUUCAUGACAUUUAAACUUGUAACUCCAAUCACUUUGUGUAGUGUUAAUCUACAAUAAAUCAGUGGUUAAAAAUAUAACUUUUAAAGUAAAUUUGCAAAUCGAUUCACUUACUAAAUCUACCACAUCCAUACAAAAUGUGUUUUCAUUUUUAUACAUAUUAUAGUAAUCGGUUAAAUUAAUAUAGUAUUGUUUGCAAUCGGCACAAAGUGAUGAGUUUGAAAGUUUUGUGUUGUUUAUGUGUUUUGAUAUACAUUCAUCUAAAUUAUCACCGCGUAUCAUCACUCCUUUUGUCUUGUCAUUGAAAACAGUACCAUUUAAACACACUAAUAAUAAAUUUAAAAAACUGGUUAUACCACAAGUGUUAAAAAUAGGUAUUAGAUUGUAGUAACUAUGUAAGUACUAACGUUUGCAUGACGCUUUUUCCCACAUGUCCAACACAUAGUUAUAGCUUGCAUACACAACUUGUAACCGAUCGAUAUUAGUUAAAACUGCUCGACAGUCUACCUCACUAUCAUUGUUGUGUAACUACAAUAUGAACAAAAAUAAAAAAAAAUUUAAUUGCAUAA